UAAUUAUAAAUAGAGUUGGUAUCAUAAGAGUGCAAGGUCUUGUGAGAUGAAAUUGAAAGGAAGACAAAACACAAGACAGAGUCAUUCAGCAAGGCUUGAAACGAGAAGCGAGGAUGCCCAUCAGAUGUAUUCUGCAUUGGCAACCGAACCAAGGAAGCGUUGUGAACAGCCAAGUCCUGAAUGAGAUCUCGCAGUGCGUCGAAAGCCUUAACGGCGUCAAAGAAGGAAGAUGCAAAGCCUCCCUCACUUUCUACAGACCCAAUUUACGAGACCAAUCGGUGACCAUCGAUUUUCCUCGCGAUUUUCUGGGGAUAUCGAUGCUGGAGCAGCCGAACAAAUACUACUUAAUCAUUCGCGGCCAGAAGAUUGUUCUCGAGGCCGAUUCUUCUAUCUUGCUUAUCAUGGAGAAACUCCAGUCCUACAAGUCCAAAGUCGCCCUUCAUUUCGAGGGAGUGCUGUAUAAAUUGGGUGACUUUCAGAUCAGGGUGAUUAAAGUUGUUCCCAGUCAAGCGGAGAGUCUCAGAGGAAUUAUGAUUGAGAUUGAGUAUCUCCCUAUCUCGUCAGUUGAAAAAUCCAAGCAAAUUUUGGAAGAGUUCAUUGAUAUAUGGAAAGAAGUCGUGUCUAAAAAAUCAUUAGCCGGUCAGUUCAUGCAUACAGAACCAAAUUAUGCAGAAUAUGGGCUUUCUGACAAUUAUACCUCUCAGCAUACAGCUGUUCAGUAUGCUGCUGCAUUGGCCCAACUGAUUCAAUCUGCACAGUUACGGAACUAGGAACUAGGACCUUUGAAGGGUAUGUAAGGGAUAUUUAUUUUAUGAAAUCUUAUUGGAUUCUUGUGAGUGUGGAGAUGGUAAUAUAUAUUUCAAUAAUGUUUGUUAGAAAGUAAUAAAAAAAUAUUUCCUGAGAUGGUCAUAAAAUCA